AUGGCGACAACCGCAUACAAGUACGGGAUCUUCUUUCCGGAGCACACAGGUCAUCUCUACGUGCGAAGACUCGCCCCAGGUAGAGAAGGCGAUGUUACACUCACACGUUCAAUCGCUGACGGAAGUUUACAGGUAAGAAAGAACACCCAUCCAACUGAUCGAGAAAAUGUCGAUUCGAAAAUCCCUGAGGUACAGUUCCAGCGUCACCACCCUCUGAUUCCAUCACUGAACUUCUCACAGGACUACAAUGUCUUGAAUAUAUAUCAUAAAGAUCACGAGAGGCUAAAAUCCACAGUGAUGUACUCCAAAUUUUGCAACGGAGGGACUCUGUGGGAAAUGAGCUGCUACUUCGAGCUACAAAAAGACCGGCACAUGCCAGAAGUUCUCCUAUGGCGCUUACUGGAUCAACGCCUUCAGACUCUGCUAUUUCUGCACCAUUCUCAAGGCGGCCUUACAAAGCUUGAUAACCACAUGAACAACGUCUGGCUUCAUUACGAGGAUGGAUCCAAACUGCCGAAUUUUUACACUGGCGAUCUGGGCCAUGUGAGACCUAUCAACCCGGCCAUUUGGGAGGAGACUACAGCUCAUGGCUUGGACGCUUCAUUGAAGGUUCGGAAGCUCAAGGACCUUGAACUUCCAAACCGUCAUGCCUGGGACAACAGCCCACAAUCAAUAUACAAUCCAGAUCUGGAGGCUAUGAGUAGCGACAUCGCCAAUGUCUGGACCGGGCUCGUGCAUCUUAUGUAUGGUAUCGAUACUACAUAUAUAGACCCAGCUGAUGCACGCGAAGCUUCUAUGGAGGCACGCGAGUGGUCUGAGGAGCUUUACGAGUGCGAAUGGAGACUAAAGGACAUUGCCGAAUUUUUCGAUGCGGCCAAAACCACACGAUAUAGCGACCUGGAGCCUCUUGCCGUCGAGGUCAAGAGAAUAGCGAAACUAAGCGCUGACGGGGAUCCUGAUGCGGACGUGCGACUGGCGCUCUGGAAUGUUGAUGAUACAUGCCCCUCCGAAGAUUUUGACGAGGAUUACGAUACACGCGACGAGAUGUAUUCGAUAUUGUUCCACAGGUAUGUAGAUGCACAUAAAGACCCACAGCGUCCCGCGCUCUUUGAUUCAAGAGUCGAGCUGCUGCAGUUAGCAAAGCGCUGGCCAGAGCCUUGGCGAAUCGCACGUGUCGAUGAGAGCACUGGUCGUGUCUUGGGAGUCGAGAAGAUGGCAUUCCAUCUCAGCAACCCCAGGCUCCCAACUGAUGGGCAUGAAAUGGAGGAGGAUGAUACUAGGAACCUUCAUCUUGCCCAAUCUGGGUCGCGCAACAUCGGCCUCGAGGACCUCCUCCUUGCCGCCGAGGCAGCUGAUACGACCACACAUCGUAUUUCAGAGGAUUUCUCAAUCACUGGCUUUGCUAGGGGGCCAAACGACGACCCUAAUGAGGAUGAGAUCUUCGGCCUGGACCCCGAAUGGACUGCAGAGCGUCUCGCGGGCCCUGCGAUCCCACAAGAACUUAGCUUAAAGCAGCAGAUGAUAAAUCGGGAGAAGGCGAAGCAGGAGAAGGCGAAGCAGGAGGUGGUAGAGGUUGAAGGUACCAUUGGCAAACCACUCAUCCUGGACGAUUCGGAUGAAAUGGAUCUCGAUAAUUCAGGGAACAACCCCAUUGUCAUCGACGAUGACAGCGAUGAUGACCUCAUGGAGAUCGACAGCAUCAACGGCUAA